GGCUAGCGCGCGCCGCCCUUGACUCGUCGACCAACCAGAAGGCGGGAGUGUGUGAUUUUGCGACUCUGGUCCGGGAGAUCAUACCCGUUGCCCCGCAUUUCAUCGUGGCCAUGUGGUGAACUAGGGCAGAUCAUCAGCUGGUCUCCCUGACCCGAAAGAUCAGUUCCAGCCUCGGCUAGAUUCUGAAAUCUCAUGCGAUGACUUGAAUUUCGGGCCAGACGUACGAUCGGUAUAUAACGAGGAGCUGAACCCGAUCCACUUGUCGAACAUGAGGAAACCUCGCCCGGGAAACGAUUUCGGCCCGGUUCAAUCUCGAGACGAAACGACAAGGAUCAGGACCAGGAUCAGCGCUUGUUAACAUCAUGUCUACAGCAACGAGCAACGGGUUCGAAAAGGGCCAUUCGGUCAUGGACGAGAAACGUCUAGCCUUGGAGCAGCCCUCGGAAAUCAAUGAAUCAGACGCCGAGUACGAACAGAAUGUUCAGAUACUCAGGGCGAUGUCUCCGGAGGAAUAUCAGGCGUUUGAGAAGAAACUGCUUUGGAAGUGCGACAUGAAGAUCGUCCCCUGGAUGACUCUCCUGUUCACCAUGUCAUUCCUCGACCGAGUCAACGUCGGAACCGCAAAACUCGCCGGUCUGGUGGAAGAUCUGGGGAUGACGGCUUCGCAGUUCAACUUGAUUAGUACCGGGUUCUUUAUCACCUAUGUCUUAUUCGAGGUUCCUUCGAAUCUGAUUCUCAAAAAGGUCCUACCUAGCCGUUGGAUCCCAUUCAUCGUCAUCGCAUGGGCCAUCGUACAAGUGUGCAUGGGACUGGUCACGAACUUCGGCCAACUCUUGGCUCUUCGGCUCUUGCUCGGUCUGUUCGAAUGUGGGCUGUUUCCCGGAAUCUCGCUGUAUCUGACUGGGUGGUACCGAAGAAAAGAAGUCUCCAAGCGGAUCUCGAUCUUCUUCGCAGGAGCCGUGUUGGCAGGUGCUUUCGGAGGUAUCCUCGGCUACGGUCUCUCUCAGAUGCAAGGUGUCGGUGGCAAAAACGGAUGGUCAUGGAUUUUCAUCAUUGAAGGUCUCAUCACCUUCAUUGUCGGCGUCGGCUCCAUCUGGAUGGUCUACGACUGGCCGAAUGAGGCGACUUUUCUUACUCCUCUCGAACGAGCCUGCGUACUGCAUCGACUCGCAGUGGACAACGGUGUCCAGAAUGAGGGAACCUUCUCCUGGCGAAUCGUCCGUAGGGCGUGUCUGGACUGGAAGACAUGGGGCUUCAUGCUGCUCUACAUCUCCUCGGCCUGUUCGAUCUACUCGUGCAGCAUCUUCUUUCCGACCAUCAUCAGCUAUCUCGGGAAAUGGUCUAGGCCGCAGAGCUUGUUGUUGAGUACGCCGCCAUUCGCGUUUGCCUUGUGCACGACGAUGGCGACAGCGUACUUGUCCGACAAGUGGGGGAAAAGGGCUUUCUUCCUCUUGUUCUGGUUCACCGUCUCGAUCAUCGGCUACAUCUUGCUCUUGGCUGUGCCGCUGAGCAGUCCCGGCGUCCUCUACUUUGCCGUCUUCAUCGUCAUCGGCGGUAUCGCACCCUGCAUCGCUACGACUAUCGUUUGGGCUGGUAACACGUUUGGAAACCACUACAAGCGGGCCACCUCCAUGGGUCUCACUUUCUCGCUCGGUAACUCUGGAGGAAUCGUCGCUUCCCAGAUCUACAGGACGGAGCACGCACCUCGGUUCAUUCCUGGUCAUGCCGUCUCGCUGGGCUUCAACGUGAUGGGUCUCAUCUGCACAACCAUACUCUUCUUUGGCCUGCGCCGUCAGAAUCGUAUCCGUAGCGAGAGAUUCGGUCCUAUCACCGAAUCCCUGACGACACAACCGCCUUCCUAUGCCUCGAGUGAGGAAGAGGAGCGCGGGAUCCGGGGCGACGAUAUCGACAGCGACGAGUACAAGCAGAGGUGGGGUCUAGAAGGAAUGACCCGGGAGGAGAUCAUCGAGUUGGGCGAUGACCACCCUAGUCACCGUUUCCUUACGUAGUCGUAGUAAAGACCCGCUCAGAAGGCGGACUACGUCUGCUACUGUAGUUGUUCAAUCGUUGCGUCUAGGUAACAGGUGUAUUACGUAUCGUAUAUCACAGAGGCUAUAUAUAAUGAAGCUCAA